ACUUGUACGUCUGGAAUCUCUCUCUAUCUCUUUCUCUCUCCUCUUUUUUCUCAUUUGCUUCCAAUUUUUUUAGAGAGAGAGAGAGACAGAAAACACGCGUUAAGAGCCAAAUUUCUUUGGGUAACUCCAUAUCCUAAAAAAGACAUCUCCUUUUAUUAUCAAUUAUCUUAACCGCACGGAGAGCUAGAGAGAGAGAGGGAGAGGGAGAGGGAGAGAGAGAGAGGGAGAAGCAGUGUCCGAAAUUGGAGGGCGGGAGGAUUUGAGUUUGGCCCUGUUUGGAUUUUGUAGAUCUGGAUAAAUGACAAAUGUAUCAACCAAAGGGUGUUCCUAGUUCAAACUUUUCUCGGAACAAUACGUUUGUCCAUGGUCAACAUUUAGAUAGUGGAGCGAACACGAUGGAUCCCAUGAAUGGAGGGAACAGUCUCAACAACCCCAGUCUCGCCUCAAAACAAAGGUUGCGUUGGACGCAUGAUCUUCAUGAACGCUUUGUUGAUGCUGUGCAACAACUUGGUGGACCAGAUCGUGCUACCCCCAAAGGUGUUCUCAGAGUGAUGGGUGUACAGGGUUUAACAAUUUAUCAUGUUAAAAGUCAUUUACAGAAAUAUCGGCUUGCAAAAUACCUACCCGACUCCUUAUCUGAUGGGAAAAAAGUUGACAAGAAAGAACCUGGGGAUGCACUUUCCAAUUUGGAUGGUUCAUCUGGGAUGCAAAUUACUGAAGCGUUGAAGCUGCAGAUGGAGGUUCAGAAGCGGCUGCAUGAGCAAUUAGAGGUACAGAGACAGCUACAAUUACGCAUAGAAGCACAAGGCAAGUACUUGAAGAAGAUUAUUGAAGAACAACAAAGACUAAGUGGAGUUCUUUCAGAAACUCCCGGCACUGAGCUCUCAGCCCCUGCAGUGGGUGACAAUCACCCGGAAUCUGACAAGACUGAACCAGCAACACCUGCACCAACCUCCGAGGCCCCCCUUCAAGACAAGACUGCCAAGGAACGCACCGCAGCUAAGAGCCUCUCUGUCGAUGAAUCUUUAUCAUCUCACCAUGAGCCAUCGACCCCAGAUUCCAGUUGCCAUGUUGGUUCUCCAUCGGAGAGCCCGAAUGGUGGGAGGUCGGCUAAAAAGCAACGGGUUAACACGGGCGGAGCAUCUGGCAAGCCAGAUUUAGUGCUUACACACCAGAUUCUGGAGUCGAGUUUAAACUCUUCUUACCAGCAACCACACACUGUUUUCCUGACUAGAGAGCAGUUUGAAUCUUCUGGAAAUACAGUCAGGAAUGACGAUCAGCUGGAAAAAGUUAGAAGUAGUGAUCUAUAAUUCCACGUAUGGAGUAGAAUAUGCACUUGGGACUUUCACAUUUCCUUGUAUGAGUGUGUUGGGAUGUUGUCUCUGAUCAAGGUAAAAUGAUGCUGUUAAUUAAUAGAUAUUUUGAGAUAUAACUAGGUAAAAACACGUUCACAAGAAUAACCAAAGGUUCAAUCAUAUCCAAAGAGUUACUGUGAACAAGGGGAAAGAAUUAGUUAGCUUACGUGAUAAUUGUUAUAACGUAGAUCUAAUGCGUUGAUUUUAUCGUGUCUAUGGAGAUGCCACAUUUCUUUGAUGGAUGCUGUUAACUAUUUGAUACUCGGUGGCAGCCAUAUUAGAAACAUUUAACCCUGCCAUUAUUCGCCAAUGCCAAUUAGGGCUUCAGUUACUGGAGCUGGUGCUUUGGGUUUAAAUGUUAAUUCGGUUGAGAGGGUAAGUUUUUUCGCCCACCAUUGGAUUAACUUUUAGAUCUGUGACUGAGAAUAGUUCUGUCGUUCUGUU